GUUUUUGUACACCAUCAUGGCAUCAACACCACAGGACAAUGGCGGCUUCGGCCUGCUAUCCGGGGAACCCAAGCGAACCUCGAAACGCGUGGUCUGCUCCUACGUGCUUGACUGGGUAUUCAUCAUUUUACUCGCAAUCAUAGGCGCCAUUCUGUACAAAAUCACUGGCUCUGAACAUGCUUUCUCCCUAGACGACGCAAGCAUCUCCUACCCCCUCAAAACCGACACAGUAUCGAUCGUGAUCGUCGGGAUCAUCGCCUGCGCUGUUCCUGCCAUCCUGAUUGUCCUUAUCUGCCUCCUUACCCCCGGUCCCUGGAGCCGUCGUCUCUGGGAAUGGCACGCUGGAUGGCUAGGACUGGCCCUUAGUUUGGCCGGUGCUUUCUUCCUCACCUCCGGUCUGAAGGAUGUGGUGGGUAAGCCGCGACCGGAUCUCCUCGCCCGAUGCCAACCCGAUAUGACCAACAUCACUGCGUACGCGGUCGGCGGCCUCGGUCUCCAGCGUGAAGAAUCACCCAUCCUGGUAACAUCGGCCAUCUGUCAGAAUGCAGACUCUGCUAUCAUCAAAGCCGGGUUUGCUGCUUUCCCGUCGGGUCACUCUUCUUUCUCCUGGGCUGGUCUUCUCUAUCUCUCACUUUGGCUGGGGGCUAAGUUCUCAGUUUCUAUUCCUAUUCGGUCGAUGUUCUCCGUCGGCGGUCCCACAAAGUCAUCCCAUAAUCGGGCUUCUGCGGUAGCGGCUCCGCCUUUGUAUCUCCUGGUGCUUAUCGCGGUGCCUGUUGGGGGUGCUUUCUAUAUCUGUGCGAGUCGCUACAUGGACUAUAUGCACGCUGGGUGGGAUAUUCUGGGAGGCAGUCUUAUUGGGAUCGGCUUUGCUAUCUUGGGCUUUUUGUGGUAUCAUGCUCCUGCGGGACAGGGGUAUGGUGGAUGGGCCUGGGGGGCAAGAUCCAGCACCAGGGCAUUUGGAACUGGGUUUGGAUCCGAGGGAUCGGGGAGUGGAGUUGAAACCCGGGCCUCGACUACUCGAGAUGGUUAUGAGGAUUUAGAGCUUGGCGCUAUGAACGGGUCGCAGGGAAUGUUACGGGUUGCGAACCCGUAGAGUGAUAUUGCUGCUAUUGGAUAGUUCCUAUUUGGUUGAAAUUUUGUACCUACAUGAGCUUGCAUAC